AUGUCCGAUGAUAGUUUGAAUACCUUCUCGAGCACCAAUACUUCAUCAGAAAGUGAUGGUGUUCAAAAUGAUACAACUGCACACACAGAUACCAUGACUGAAUCGGAUGUUGUUACUGUUGUUCCAUCAGUUCCAACUAAUUCAAACAAAAAGGCUUUUCAUCCUGAUAAUUAUGAAAUUAUUUAUGAAGAGGCAAUCAAAAACCCAGAAUUUAGAAGCCUUUUCCGCAAAGUACAAUCAGGAGAAUGUAGUGAAGAACCUUUUGAGUUUUUAAAGAUGACCGAUGAAUAUGUUGCCAGUUAUCAGAGCAUGCAUAGUAGAAAGGAGUUUCAAGCGGUCUUUUCUUCUGGAAAUUCUACUUCUACUUCCUCUACUAAUCCCUCCACAGCAACAACGACAACUACCUCAUCCAAUAGCAGUACGAGCAAUAAUAAUAAUAUUCAGAAUAAUAAUUCAUCCACACCUACCAAUCAACAACAACCAUCAUCCCUAUCAAGCAGUGUUAACACCACCAGCAGUCAAAUUGGUAUUAUUAUCGCGAAUGAUAAUAACACCAUGACACUCCCACAAAUGGUUCUCACAAGCGACACUACACAACACCCAGCUGAAAUGGUAACUUCUCCAGCCUCACCAAGCUCAAAGCCAAACAUACAAAACACAACUCCAAACAAUAUUGCUAACAGUAACACCUCCACUACUACUAGGAGAGAUCAAACUGGAUGUCUGGCUCCUCUGAUUAGAUCUACUCUGGGUACCUUAGGUGGUGUAGUAUGUGUCGCAAGUACCACCAUUCCUACCACUAGCUCAAAUUCACAUUCUAAUCUCUCCCGAGUUAUUUCAGACUUGACAAAGCUUAAACAUUCAGCAGGUGCGAUAUAUGAUCACUUUUUAAAACCAAACUCAAGCUACCAACUCAAUUUGGGAUGGAAUAAGGCAAAAAUCUUGGCGAAUUGGGAGAGUAUUCACAAACAGUUUGAAAAUCUAAUUGGAAAAUCUGAGGAGGUUGAAGAUUUACAAGCUCUUUCAGAUUUGAUAACAAGGUUACAUCCUGUUAAUUUAUUCCGUGAUGUUAUUGAAAAGGUUCAUUUGGAUUUAAAGAUGGACCAAUUUCCAAGAUUUGUUCGUUCAAACGCUUGUAAAACUUUCUUUAAGAGAAAGGGAGAACAGUUUAUGAGGCAAAUGGCCUUUGAUAUUUCUAAAGGGUAUAAAGUAGAUUUGAGAUUUAAGCCUCAAGAUUUGAGGAAGGAUGUGGUAACAGACAGUGAUAUUUACUUUGGUUUCACACUAGCAGAGGAUACACCUGAUUGGGAACUUUUUUUUGAUGAAAACAAUACACAAUGCUAUCUUUCGAAAGAGACUUAUUCUUUCGAUCCACAGAAAAUGAAGGGAAUGAAAUUAGCAAAGACAGUAAUGCUUCUCCCUUAUGCACUUGAAGAUUGUUGGGCAAUGUUUUGGCAUGGAGAUUUCCACAAAAUUUAUGAUCCUCUGUCGUUCAGUGAAAAUACUUUUGUACAUUAUACACCACCAUCACCACAAGUGCAAGAAGAUGGUAGUAACUAUUUUGGAAAAACUUAUGGAAGAACAGUUAUUGACUUGUCUAUGCCUUUGCUGAAAAAGAGAGUUUAUGAUUACAUUUACUGUACUGUCUGGGAUGAUGGUUUGGAUGCAUUUAUUAAUGUUGGUAAAUCUGUGGACCCAUCUAUUACAUCAAAAUAUCUAUCAGAAGAGGAAAAUAAGAAAACAGAAAACUAUGUAGAAGCUCCUGGCUUGUUCUAUCACAUCUUUACUAGAACUCAUGAAGGUAAAACUAGAUAUUGCCAAAUGACCUAUUUUGAUUUAGGUUUACCACUCAAUUCAGACUUUAUUUUCAAGAUGAUUUGGAGGAAGAGAACAAAAAUCUAUCGGGAUGGAUUUAUUCAAGUUCUUAACCAUUUAACAGAUAAGGGAAAGAAGAAGGCGGACCACUCGAAGCUUGUAGACAGUCUCUACUUUAAAAGACCUGUUGACGAUUUGAAAAAGAUCAGAUCCUAUAGAUCGUGGCAUGAUGAAUGGCAAAAAAUUUUGGGAAAGAUCUCUCCUGAUGUGGUCACAAAACCAGAUCCUCUUUUACUUGUUCAAACAGAACCAGCAGACCCUAAAUCUAGUACAUCUACAGAACCAGAAUCAGUUAGAAUAGUACUUAAACAAGAAGAAGAGGCUACCCAGCAGGAAUUGCAAAUUUCACAAGAAAAUAACUCUCAAAGAAUUAUCCUUUCCAAUGAGGAGGAAAUUGUAAUCAUUGAAGAAGAUGAAGAUACUCUUCAAACAAGAGACAAUACAAAAGCAAGAGAUGAACCUGAAGACCCAAAACCUUAAAAACAACUUUACAAUUUGAUUUCACUUUAUUAAAUUAAUUAAAUAAGUCUU